AUGACUUUCAGACCAGAAAACUACACUGUUGCGUCAGGCCUCAACCAUUUCAACAUUGACACCUGGGAAGGUGAUUUGGGAGCAUUCCAGGGCCGCGGCGGGAAACUUCUUCACUGGCACAGUUCGGCCGAUGGUGUUCUCUCGAGUGAGAAUUCCCCCAGAUACUAUGAACACGUCUCGCAAAGCAUGGGCAUGGAUUCGGCUGCCCUUGAUAUAUUUUACCGCUAUUUCCGUGCUUCUGGUAUGUCCCAUUGUGGCAGUGGCAAUGGCGCAACCUUCAUCGGUCAUCAGUCGGCAAGCGUCGCUAGUCUGGCUCCGGAGGGAAACGUGCUGAUGGCGGUUGUGCAAUGGGUUGAGAAUGGGGUCGCCCCUGAAACUAUUAUGGGCACCAGGUACAUCAACGGGAGCAAGGAUAACGGUGUCGACUUCCAACGCAAGCAUUGCAGAUGGCCUUACAAUAAUGUGUAUCAGGGCGUUGGUAACUAUAAAGAUCCUAACACUUGGAAGUGUGUAUUGUAA